AUGUACCUACGCACAUCUACCGACGAGCUCUCCAGUCGCGGAUGGGUGUACCGACACACAGACUUGAGACGCACUGCCGUCAGCGGCCGAAGAAGACGGAAGCAUGAGCAAAGGAUUCUCGUGCCCGUCUUCGUCUCCUUCACGGGCUUAUCCCUGACCUUCCCUGAGAUCCGCUUGGCCAACGUCACAACAACUAGAACCAAGCUGGGGCAGGAACUCAUCGCACAUUGCAUCGCCUUCCUCUUGCUCAACAGCCCUGUGUUGCUGGGCUCCUGCGACCUCUUCGGCAAUCCUGUCCAGGCCUAUCGACAUCUUCGCUCCGGCCUCGGGGAUUUGGUCCAACGACCUUUGGGUGGAGGUCUCGGCUCCUUGGCCCGUCACACCGCUUCCGCUUCGCUGCUGUCCCUGGCAGCGCUCUGUGAUUCCUUGCGACAGAAUCUCCCAACGAAGGUUCCGGCCUCGUAUAGCGAAGGAUCGUCGUCCUCCAAUGGCCUCAGUGUUGGCGUGAAAGCUUUGCUGGAUGGCCUGGGUCGAGGCCUUUCGGGUAUGGUUCGCUGGGAACAACACACGCCCUUGCCCGAGCGCUCGGGCACCUUGGGCGCCCUGAGAGGUGCCAGGAAUGCAGUUGCCGGUGCGGUUGCUCACCCAGUGGGCGGAUUCUUGGACUUCCUAACUGCUGCCAGUCGGACUUGGAGUGAUCAAGAUACUGCCUCCCAAGGGCAUCCCGCAGAUUGCCAGGCGUGUUUGGGCUUCUGGCCGAUUCGUCCCUCGCCGGAUGUUUCACCGGCGAAGUACUACCAAUGCUGCCAGGCUCCUUCACUGGAUGCGAUACUCUUUUGGAGUCCCAGGUGCGAAUUGGUCUGCCUAGAUGGCGAAGCGCCAAGGAAUCAAGAGCCAAAUCUUCGACUGUUGCCUGCAGGGGUCUUGCUGACCACAGAGCAGCUCCACGUUUUAGUGGAGGGCGCUGUGCACAUCCUCAAGCUCCGCGAGGUCCGGGCUGUGGAAGCAGCGGAGCCGUCGGCGCUCAUCACCGUGAGCUCGGCGGGCAUUUGGCAACUGAGAGUGCGUGAAGAAGACGAACGUGGUGAUCUCUUAAAACAUCUCUUAAGGGCAAGAAGGGAAGCUGUGCUGCCAUCCCAAGUCUGA